AUGGCUGGUGAACGUGCUGCUCCUCUCCGCCUGGGCUCUGUUGCCCCCAACUUCAAGGCUCAGACCACUCAGGGUGAAAUUGACUUCCACGAGUUCAUUGGUGACAAGUGGACUGUCCUCUUUUCCCACCCUGCUGAUUUCACUCCCGUCUGCACCACUGAGUUGGGCGCUUUUGCUCGCCUCCAGGGCGAGUUCGACAAGCGUGAUGUUAAGAUGAUUGGACUGAGUGCCAACGACCUCAACUCCCACGAUGACUGGAUCAAGGACAUCAACGAGGUCGGCUCGACCCAGGUCCAGUUCCCUAUCAUCGCCGACGCCGACCGCAAGGUCGCCUACCUUUUCGACAUGAUUGAUCAGCAGGAUCUUACCAACAUCGACGAGAAGGGUCUUCCUCUGACCAUCCGCUCCGUGUUCAUCAUCGACCCUGCCAAGAAGAUCCGUCUGAUCAUGGCCUACCCCGCCUCCACUGGCCGCAACACCGCUGAGGUUCUGCGUGUUAUCGACUCCCUGCAGACCGGUGACAAGCGCGGUGUCACCACCCCUAUCAACUGGCUGCCCAACGAUGAUGUGAUUGUCCCUCCCACCGUCAGCACCGAGGAUGCCAAGAAGAAGUUCGGUGAGAUCCGUGAAGUGAAGCCUUACCUUCGCUUCACCACCCUCAAGGAGUAG